AUGCUCGCUCAACCAGCAGUACCUCAUCCCUCAAGCGAGUUCUCCUUCAAUGCACACAUCUCCUCACCCGCAGCAGUCCAGUUAGCGCCUAAGCGAGAAAGAACACGGCUGCCAACAUUCACCGUCAGACGGGCGACCAUUCAAGAUGCAGCCGCCAUCGCCAGCCUAGGCGCGCACGUCUUCUCUACCAGCUUUGGCUUCUCCAUCCCAACGCCAGAUCUCAAUGCUUAUCUGGACGAGGCAUAUAGCAUCUCCGCCAUCGAAGAGGACAUCCGAAGCCGCUCAAAACAUCUGGUCGUGGCAUGUUCCAGCUCCGACGGCCGUGUCAUGGGAUUCGCCCAAUUGACCGAGGGCACGACCGAACCCUGCAUUGAGGACCUAGACAAUGUCGUCGAGUUACAGCGCUUGUACGUCGAUAGAGACUUCCACGGCUCAGGAGUAGGCAAGGCCUUGACCAGAGAGAUUGAGAGACUGGCCAGAGAAAAGGGAUAUCGAAUCAUGUGGUUGGGCGUCUGGGAGGGCAACUUUAAGGCUCAACGAGUGUACGAAGCAAUGGGAUUUUUACGAGUCGGGGAUCACGAAUUCAAGAUGGGCCGGUGUAUUCAGACGGAUUGGAUCAUGUGUAAGGAUUUGUAA